AUGGGGAAGAGUUUCGCGCAUAAAAAACGAAAUAAAAGAAGACGGGAAAGGGAGAAGGAGGAAAAUGAACGACUGCAGAGACUGCGGGGGAUAGACGAGGAGGAGAGGCGAGGGAACGUUUUGUUGUGGGAUUUGAUCGUGAAUAACGACGAUAUUUGUUUUAAACAUAUCAUUCCGAGAUUAGAUUCGAACGAUGUGAAAUUCUUCUACGAAGUGAACAGUGAAACGAGCAAGUUGAUUAAGAGAUCAUCUCGCGAGAGAGAUUUGAAAAAGUGGUUUCAUAUUGAAGAGAUGUCGUCGAUAUCGACUUUGGAAGUAGCGUGGAAGCAUUAUUCGUGGGGCGAUUAUGAUCACGAUUUUGAUAUAGACUGGGACGAACCACGUUUCUGCUCUUUAGUUGCUAAAACGAAUAAACUCGAAUUGCUCAAGUGGGUGCGAGAGGAGAAAAAGUGUGAUUGGGAUGUAGGGACGAUUAAUAGGGCCGCAGAACAAGGCAAUCUGGAAAUGGUAAAGUAUUGCGUGGUAAAGAAGUGUCCUAUCGGUACGUAUGCGUGUGCACGUGCUGCCGAAAACGGUCAUCUCAAGGUACUCAAAUACUUACACGAAAACGUCAAAGCGCCUUGGGAUUCUUAUACUGCCGCUUGGGCGGCUCGAAAUGGUCAUUUUCAUAUACUCGAAUAUCUUGUCAAGCGUAAAUUUGAUAAUUAUAACGAAGGUGCGUGUGCGUGUGCGGCCUCAGGAGGUCAUCUCGAGGUACUCAAAUACUUACACGAAGAAGUCAAAGCGCCUUGGGGACCGCAAACUGCCAAUUGGGCGGCUCAUAAUGGUCAUCUUCACAUACUCGAAUAUCUUGUUGAGCGUAAAUUUGAUCAAUUUGACGUAUUGGCGUGUAGGAAUGCAGCCAUGUACGGCCACUUAGACUGUUUGAAGUACUUGCGCGAAACUACCAAAGUGCCUUGGAACAGUGGCGCAUUUGCUUUCGAAACCUGCGAGAACGACCACCCCGAGUGUGUACGAUACCUCCUCGACAACAACUGUCCUCUCCCACCCGGUUGGCUAUACGAAGAUGGAACGUUACGCACGUCGUAUAAUCGUAUCGUAAACGCGUGCUCGGAUACACAAAAUUUACGCGCGCACACGCACAGCUUGUAA